GCGCGCUUGGAGCAGCCGAGAGGGGGUCCCGCUCCUGUUCCCCGAGCUGUCCCGUUCGCAAGGGCGACCACACGGGACAGCUCCUCCUCAGCCGGAGGACAGGCAUGGCUAUGUCCUCGAGUGGCAUCGCGCUCCCUGCGGGCCGUCCCUCCCGCUGGUGGAUCCGAGGUGACUGGGUGGCAGCUCUGCCCAGCCGGCGCAAGGCCUGGCGGGCCGGGCCCAGCUCGGACGAGGAGUGUCGGUGGCUUCUGAGCUGUUUGGAAAUCCUCUCAGAGAGUUCUUUAUUUUCCAGGUCCAGAGCUUAGGAGUUCUGGGGAGACUUUCACAUACCAACCUUCCCAGCACGGACUUUCCUACUCUUCUCCAACAACUGUUCAUCCAUCCCCAUCGCUGGGUACGUGCACAGCCCGUUCACACAAUCUCACACAAAAAUAGCCUUUACAAUGCUUCAUCUGAAUGGAGACAAGUGGAAAGAAGACAUGAUAAUCUCCUAAAAAAAUGAGCGACAGUGAAAACACAUUCCAUGUGGUAUGUGAAGACAGCAAUUUUUCAUGUAAUUUAAACUAGGAUUUGCUGGGUGUACUGGGGUUGCUAUUGGAAAGAGCUUAAUAAUGUCCAAAUCAACAUUUACAUUGGAUUUAUGCAGCCUCAAAGCUGUAGAGUAGAGUUGCACCCACCUGCAGCAAUGGGGAAAGGCUGAAUUCUUCUGGGAUGUGGUGCCUAAAGACCCAGGUUGACCCAGCUUGUACUGUCCCCAUGACUGGAGAGACUUGUAGGGUCAGGUGGUCAGUCACAUAAACUUUCUGGACCAUGGCUGUCUGGAACAUUAAUCCCUUCAUGCUACAAAACCACCUUCAGAUGGUUCCUGGACUGUUUUCUGCUGUAUUCACUCCCUCACUGACGUUCACCUGCCUCCUUUGCAGGGCUUCCCUCAAGUGUGGUCUCAUCCACUGCCACAGGACAACAGAUCUGGUCCUGAGGCCAUAAGGAGGGCUUCAGUGCUCAGCCUGUUGUGUGGCAGCUCCUCUGCUCUCAGGCUCUCUUGCACAAAGACAAUAUCCUGCCAUGUGACAAACCUGGCAUGAUGUCAAACCAAACCAUGAUCCCAUGGUCAGCCCAUGAUGAGGAUGAAGGCAAACCUGGUGAUGCCAAGCAUCCUGAGGGGGCUGUGACACUCCAGGGAUGUUCCUGGUGUGGUUCUUCACGAAGCCUCUGAGCCCCCUCUGUCUCGCAGGCCUUUGCACUGAAGCCAAGUGAAGAACCUCACAAUUGCACUGCACACCACCUAGCUCUGAUUUCUCUGGCAGCCAAACAUCUCUGUCACUGAGACCUCGAGGGCUCUUUUUCCCUUCCUACCCAUCUCUCCUGUGUCUGUGCCUGGAAGCUGGUGCCCAGCAGUAACUCCAUCUGCCCAUCCAUCCUGCUGGACUGCUCCCCACCAUGUUUCAGCGUUUUACCAGCCUCUUCUUCAGUGACAGCAACACGCCAGAGGGCCUGGAGGAGCCCAAACCCUUUGUCGAGGAAGAAGAGGAGGAGGAUGGCUGGCUCAUAAUUGAUCUUGCAGGCAGCCGUGCCCGCCCCGGCCCUGCCCGGCGCCCGGCUGCUGGCGGUACCGGGCGCUCGGCGCGACCCCGCCCGACGCCCCCCGGUCCGCCACCGCCACCGGCCGCUUCCCCGGCUAUGGCCGGUCCCUGCUUGAUGGACGAGAGUUGGUUUGUCACCCCUCCCCCCUGUUUUACUGCAGAGGAGCCCGGCCUCGACGGCGUGGGGAGCAGCCCCAUGGAGGACCUGCUCAUCGAGCACCCCAGCAUGUCCGUCUAUGUCACCAGCACCCUCGAGGUGGAUGGGGAGGGCCCCGAGGACGAUGCUGCAGAGGCGGUGCCGGAGCCACGGCCGGAGCUGCCUCCGGCGCACCACGGCCGGGCGCUGCCGGUGAAGGCGGCGGCGCUGGACAAGCUGGGCCAGGCGCAGCGGGCUCAGCGGGCCAAGCAGCUGGCGGAGCGGCACCGCCUGGGCCAGAAGGCGCUGCAGCGGCAGAACCGGGCCCGGCAGCGCCCGUCCCGCCGCGCCAAGCAGCUCCCGGGGGCCUUCGUCCACCAGCCCUGCCAGCGCCACUGCAACUACUGACCUCGCUCCGCCGCCCAGGGGCUCCCCCCGGCCCCGGGAGUGCGGCCCCCACGGACACCGGGGACACGGCGGCGGCUUCACUCCACACCCCGCGUCCGCACGCCUGGCCCACACUCCUCAUCUUCCUCCUGUUCGCCUUCAUCACGCCCCUCACUCUCGAUGCCGUCCGGGCCACGACCCCUGGAGCCGCCGGCAUGGAGGGCCACGCCACCCCUCCCCAGCAGCCUUCUGUGGGAAAUCAGUAUUCCCAGUGACAUCACCUGCUCCUGAAAUCCACCUGUUCCCGGUGAAACCUGUUUGUCCUGAUAAGCCUGUGACAUCAGUGCCUUUCCUCACAUCAUGACUCCAUGUACAGCCUGGCUGGCAUGUCACAGAGACACUGAGCGGGAGUGACAAGAGCAAUGAAGCCACAAGAUUUGGGAUUUUUAGGAAAAUCUCACCAAUGACACUAAAUAAUGCUUCCACCCUGCAAAACCAGCAAAUACUCCUUCUCCUUCCUUGAUUUCUUAGCUACAUUUUAUCAUAUGAUAACCCCCCACUACCAGUCCCGAAGGGGCUUGUGGUUGAAAGCACUGGUGGAGUCUCCGUGGCCGGGUCAGCCAGGCUGCUCCUGGUGCCUCACGGUGUUUUUUUAAAAAAAUCGACCUUAAAAGGAAUCUCAGGAAUCAAGCACCAUCCCAGCACCACGCUGGAGCCCUACUGUGCCGGAGGGGUGGCCAGCCUGGGGUGGCAUCACAGUGGCUGGUGGUCCCAUCUGAGCGAGCCCCUUCCUCCUGGAGCCAGUCACGUGCCCCAGCCACACCUGUAUCCCUGUGGAUACACCUGUAGAUCUGUGUGUAUAUAUUUCUCUCGGUACCUUUACACUCAGAAGAGGCACUGUUAAGCCACAGAGCGUUGUCUACCUGGUGUCAGUCCCCGGGAGGGGAGAGGAGCCAGGGAUCUGCACAGCUUCCCCGAGGUGGCCAAAGCACGUCCGUGGUGGUGAAGAGAUGCUGAAGAGGAGACCAGAGGGAAGUGAGGACAAAGAUGGAUCUGGGAGCCACUGCAAUGGGUCAGGAUAGGGCAGGCCUGAGUGAGAGGAUUGCUGUAGGAGGAGUUGUAACAGAAGCAUCUUCUUUCCCCAGUAAAAAUGGCAUCCUUUCCCACAAAGGGCCAAAUUCCACUGCUAGGCGACGCUAAUUUUUAAUGCAAAUCCCUCCUCUCUCCGUGAUGGACUCCUUCUGCCUUUGGAACAACAUGGUCCAGGCUUUUCACUGGCUCCAGCACCAGCUGAGACAGCUCCAAACCCAGCAGAAAUUUGCUAAUCUGCCCCUAGCUCACUCCUUUUAGGAACUGGUUUUGUACCCUGUGCCCUGAGAAAGCAUCCUGCUCACGACCAGCUCACAAUCCAGAUUCCCACCCUCUGAGACAAGAAAUACCCCCACAACACUUCAGAAAAUUCUGAUUUCACCGGAGGUUCUACCACUCACCAUAUUACAUCCUUUAGUAUCAGAUGGGGACCUCGGCUGAAGGAAUUGUGGUGAGCCCAAAUUGAGACAGCUGAUAGUUAUUAAUUCUUUUAAUGAGGUUAAAGCCAAAAUGAACCUUCUUAGUAGCAACAGCCCUUAGCUCAGGGCCAGGGAGCCUGAACCGCAGUAGCCAGCUGCUGCUGCUCAUCUGCAGCAUUUCCCCCUCACUCCACUGCCUCAGCAUUCCCAAAAGCACUGAGCUGGAGAACUCCAUGUCCUCGGCAUUGCCUCACCCUCCUUGGCCUCACCGCAACCGCUAUCCCUCGCCAAGCGUGAGACCACACUGAGAUCACUCUGUUCCAUCCCUGGUGUCUUCUUGGUGAAGAGACUGAUUUCUCCUGACUCCUGGGGAGUGUUUACAUCCUCUGACUUCCUGGACUUCACACUCAAUGCCUUUUGUUUCCCCCUGCAGUGCUGCCUGGGAUGGAGCAGGGCAUGUGCAGAGACAGAGGCCCAGGUGCUGUGACAGCAGGUAGGGGCUGAGCCCAAGCUCCUGAGUGUCUGGGGAGGUGCUGCCUUCCCAAUCCGCUCUUCCCGUGCCGCUGGAUGAGCAAUUCUGUGGCCACUGCGCAGCAGCACUGGAGGAAGCAUUUUCUCUGCCCCCACAACACACACCAAGAAGUGGAGAAGCCAAGCACUGCCGAGCCCCCAGCUUGGUCUGCACUUCACAUUCUCCUCCUGUGCAUCCGAGGUGCUGGCAGUCCCUCCAGAGCACCCCAGAGAUCAGAGGCUGGCUGUGACCCAGUGCCCCCUCGGCAGCUUCCAGAGGAGCAGGCAGCGGGGAGCAGUGGCCCCGAGGCAGAUUCUGCCAUGUCUCACCAACUGGGCUCUCCUGUGCCUACCCAACUGCUGGAAGUGGUACCCCAGGAGAAAUCCUUAUGGAAGCCCUCCUAUGCACCCUUCUCAUCUGCUGUGAGCCAGAAGCCCUUGGCUGUGUCCCUGGGGACUUGUCUAAGCCUGGCACUGCCACCAGCACCCAGCCCCCAGUGCCCAUUUCAAACAGGUGAUCUUCCUCUGUCCUGAUUUUCAGAAGCAAAUUCAAACUCUUUCCGUGCCAGUCUGAGAUGUCUUUUAUCACUCCAUGCCCAGCCAGCACAGGAGAUGAAACAGAACUAUUAUCACACUUUAUAUCCAGAGUAUGUUUAUAAAGGAUUAAUAAAUUAUUAAUAAUAAUUUUCAUGAAGAGUUUAAUCCAGACCCUGAGCCUCUGGUGGGUCAGCAGAGUGCACAAACCACAGCAAAUGAGCUCCUGCAACUCCCUCUGUUGUUUGCACUCUUGCCAUGUAUUAACACCCAACACUCAUCUGCCAACCCUUGCGAGGUAACUGUCACCCCCAGUGUGUGACCCACCCUCCCUGUGCUCUGGUCAACCUGUGCUUUGCAGAAGACCUGCAGUGUUCUGCUCCUGCCCAGCAGCAAGCACAAGGCCUGGCCUGAUCCCAGACCUCCUGCCCGGUGCUGCUAGAGCAAGAAAACCCCUUUUCACUGAGGUUUUUUGUCUUCUCCAAUCUUAAAAAAAAAAAAAAAAGAAAGGUGCUUAAAAACUGAGAACUUCAUGUGUGUGCACCCCCAUUUGCAUGUGUAGAUAUUUUACAACCCAGUGUGGGUGUUCAGUAGCUUGUUUUGGGGUUGAAUUUUUUAAGGGUUUGUUGGUUGGGGUUUUUUUUGCACCCAGUAUUUGUGAUGCGCUGUGUGGUGCUUCCCAUGGGAAGGUUCUGGUUUGCAGGGAGCUCUUGGGACAGGUGGGCUGAAUUUUGCUUUCUUUUGUGUACUUGUGUAGGGGGAAACUACAGCAUGGACUCAGGGACAAACCAAUCUGCUGGGAUCUUUAAAAAUGUCUUUUUUCCAGUUUGGUUCUAGGAUGCUGCAGGGAUGUGGCCUUGUGGCAGCAGAUUGUGGUGACAGGAGCUGCAGGGUGUUCUGACACUCCUGUGUGGAAAAGAAAUAGUGACCAUUUGUGGUGGGAUCAUUCCUGGGCUGCAACCCGUCUUCAUUUGUUCAUGCCCUGAAAAUUCACCUUUACAGUUGAAUGUGGCUUGUUCCUUUUUAGACUGGCUUGUGAACAACCAGGUAUGGAUUUUCAGCACUGAACCUCCUAGGGUUUGAAAAGUGCAGGAGAGCUGUGUGUUGUGGCCUGACCCACCACAUCACUGGGGUCAGGAGACAACCAGGAUGGGGGAGGCUGUCGAAAUGAUCACCUGGAGAAAUGGUGAUGCAGGCAACGGAGAGAAAUUUUUGUAUUUAUUGCAAUGAAAGCAUAAAAAAGGGAAGAAUUGUCAGUGGAGAGACCUGGGCAGAUCCCUAUUCAGUAAGUGUCAGCUUUGCUGGGCAGUGUAUCAGUGCUGGGCGCAGACACCUGAGCUGGCUCCAACCCCAGCUCAGCUUCCCGCCCUGUACGGGACUCGAAGGCUUGGGGACAGCAGGGCACUAGGACAGGCUGGGGCUUGUGAGACCCCUUAUGGAGGGAAGAAUCUUCCCACCACUGAAACCCCUGUGGUACAGGGAUCUUCUCCAAGCCAGAUUUGCAUCUGAUUGCCUGGUUCUGCUCUGGCGGCCCCAUCCCAGUGCGAGGGAUGAACCCCCAAAGUGUGACGGGACCAGGAGGGACAGCCCUGCUGGACAAGUGCCACCUCUUGGGUUGCACCAGGGCCCCCCAGUGCCCCAGGCCCCCAAGGCUGUGCUUGCUGCCCUGGACAAGGCCAGGCUGUGGUCACGGCACACUCAGGACCCCUCAGUGGCAGCCACAACAAAGUUCUUGCACUGAAUUCUGGCUCUUGCUUGGCACUGCAAGGCUGGAGGGAUGCCAAGGGAGUAGGGGCAAAAGUCCUCCUCACCUGUUGCUCUGAAACUUGCAUUCACAAAUGGUCCUUCUUAGAAAUUCUGCUGCAAAAGCUUGGUCUGGAAGGUAAACGAUUAUUUCCUUGGGAGUCCACGUUUCCUUCUCGUUGUGGAUAACAUAGAUGCAUGGCUUAUCCCAAAGUUCACUGCUGUGGGAAUCUUCUCUUAGGCAUGUUUCUGUUCAAUAUUUUUACAUUUGCAUCAUACUAGUACUUUUUCCUUUUCUAUUCAGCCCUACUGGGAAGCAAAAUACCCACUUAGAUGUCUUACCAUACCAGUAAGAAGAAAAAAAAAAAAAAAAAAAAAAAAGAAAAAGUACUCCAGUGAGGUUCUAGGCUUGAGUCCCACAGCUUUGCAGUUGCCCCUCUGGAUCAUUACCAGUUCCAUUGCCCUGCAUAAAGUGGAAAUUAAACUUCAUGUGAAUUUAUUGCAACACAAGUGAGUCCCCAAAGAUCAAACAUCUAGUAAUUAGGAAACAGUAAGAAGAUGUAAGUGACCUCAGGUCAGGAGAAAUGGUUCUCAGCAUAUCUCAGAAGGCAACUGCCUUGGGAAUGGCUGGUGGCAGUCCUUGAAUCUUCUCUGAGUCUCUGGGUUAAAACAAGAGGCAUCCAUGUCCAGCUGGUGCCACCAGGGUCUGUCGGCUGCCACCACUCCUAGCCUCCAGUUUGCUGCUCCUCCUUUGCUACACGCACUCAGCAGUAGCUGGUGGCAGGAGGGAAGCACCAGCACCCCAGCAUCCCCCCAGCUUCUCAGAGCUUCUCCCAACCCCUUCUCCACCACUGGACUGUGGUGACCUCCUCAGCACAGCUGCUGGCAGGGACUAGAGCCUGAGGAGGGACACCCACGGCACUGGCAGCCCCUCCCUCCCAGGGGACUACUACAGGCAGACCCACUGGGGACAGGAACGGGCCUUAAAAGAGGCUGAUCCCCUCAGGGCUUGUCUUCAAGGUGGAGCUUUCCAUCUCUCAGAUCUGCUCCAUACAAAAUUAGUAGUCUCUUGCUGUCCUCAUGGGCUCCAUCCUCGUCCCAUUCCCAUGACAAGUGGCUUGAAUGUGGCUGUAGGAGCUGGAUGUAGGAGUGGGAAAGGCUCUGCCUGCCUGAAGAAUCCCUUUUCUGAGAGAUGUCCUCAGACCUAUUGGAGAUGCCACCUCCAGGAUCCUUCUGCUUCUUGAAAACAUUGGUCAUUAACUAAACCCAUAACCUUCUCCUUAGAGGAACGAAGAUGAUGAGGAUGAGCAGCUUCUCAAUAGUAAAGGUGGCUCGUAUGUGUGAUCAUCUUUUCAGUUCUGUGCAGAGUGGUGGUACCCAGGUGUGUCCCCUGUCACUCAUUCUGCACUGACACCUCCCGGGCUGGCAAGGGGGUUGCUUUUCCAACACCAUAUUUUAUACAGGGAUGCUGCCCCAUAUUCUAGAGCACAAAAAGAGCUGCAAAGCUGCUGUUGCAGCUAAACCUGAAAGUCCUGCCUUCCACUCUGACCCUAUUUCAUUACAAGGUGGGGGGAAGAUUUUAUUCUCUGCAGAGGGGAAAACAGUACAGUAAAUUCUAGGUGUAACUUAAGAAUGGAUCGCACAGGGGAGCCCAAAGCUCCUCUGCUCUUUUGCAUUCACCUCAUGUACCCUUGCUGGGGAACCAUGAGCAGCUGUGCCCAAGUCUCACCGAAUUUUUAUCCUCAGCUUUAUGCUUCAGGAAGUCUGGGGAUGAGGGAGCAGCACAAGGUGUAGCAGUAAAUCAGUGAAAUUUCCUCUUGUGUCAGAACUGUACGUGUACAGAGAGCCACCGAGCACUGCAAUAUUCUAUCUGUGUGUAUCCGCUCCUGGUAUCUGCUUGUAAAACUCACGCCCACACAUUACCCUCCCCCGUGUGGGACUGACUGUACAUGUGCCUUCACCCUUUUUCAUGGUUUGGCAUCUUUUUUUAACACAAUUACAGAACUUGAAUAAAUCACUGAACUGCAGUUACAAGUCCUAUGCAAGAGGUGACCACAGAGUCAGCUUUGAAUAUUUCUGUGUUUCUCUGUUGUUUUCAAAGUCACUGUGGGGUUUUUCAGAGAAGCCCAACAGAGUGAAUGCCCCAAAAAAAGCUUUUAUUUUAUUUUAUUUUAUUUUUUUUUGCUAAAAAAGCGUUUAGCAGUUUGGAUAUACUAAAUCUCUUAAGCAGCUUUGAAAAAUUCUAAACCCCAGUUGCUCACCGGGCUGCGUUUGGAGAGCAAGCAGGAGCGGCAGGACGGAUGAGUGCCAGGACAGGUGGCUGUUCCGUGGCUGGAAAAGGUUGCCUUAAGCCUUCCCUAAAAUGCCCUGGAGAAUGUUGCCGUGCCCUCCUGCCCUGUGCACAGCCGGGGCAGCGUGGGCAGAGCAGCUCCUGCCCCGGGCUCUGCCCGAUGCCUUACACGUGGCACAGCCGCCACCAGGGAUCUUGGAGAAGAGGGAAAAACCAGCCCCACAUUUUCUACAUCACCUAUGCUGUAGGACUGAAACCUCGUCUGGAACUCAGAGCUAACAAAGUCCAUCCUUUUUGUGUGUUAUGUGUUCAGUUGGUGUAAGCAGGGUUCGUAGGGAAGGAGUGUCUCCUCCUCAUAGGACAUUGUGUAAACAUUUGCCGUGUGUCGACUGCCUGGGACACAUUGUGUGGUGUGCCUGUGUGUGUGUAACCUGGUUUUGGUUGUUAGAUUGUAAUGCUGUCUCUUGACUGAAAAAAAAAAUCUAAUAUAAAGAAAAAUCACAAGAAAUUAAAAAAAUAUAUAUUUAAAAUCUA